AUGUUUCCGAGGUCGCGCGCCGUGCGCGUGCCGCUGUCGCAAGCCGGCCCGGACCUGCAGCUCGUGGACUCCCUGGUCCCGAUGUGGUCCGAGGAGCGCGCCCGCUGCGGCGCCUCGGGCCUUCCGCUGCCGCCGCGCUCCCCGCCGCGCGCGCCGGCGACGCUGUGCGCGGCGGUGGAGAGCACGCGGGAGGAGCUGCGGGCGGUGUCGCGGCGGCAUGGUGGCUGGCUGGGGCGGCUGCAGGAUGAGGCGCGGCAGGUGCAGCAGCAGCAGCAGCAGCAGCAGCAGCAGCAGCAGCAGCAGCAGCAGCAGCAGCAGCAGCAAGAGCAGAAGCAGCAGCAGGACGAGCAGCAGCAGCAGCAGCAGCAGCAGCAGCAGCAGCAGCAGCAUCAGCAAGAGCAGGGGGCUUCAGGACGUUCUGCACCGGGCUUCGAGGCAAACGACGAGGAUGUGGUACCAGAGACUCCGCUGCCCGCAGCAAACAGCCAGGAUGGGGCCAUGCGGCCGGCAGCAGUGGAAAGGGCGACUGGCGGCCCGCCUGAUUUGCUGGGGGCACCAUGGCAGGCACGAGACUUCGUGUCGCCAGCCUGGGCAGCCCGUCCAGGCUCUCAGCGCCAGCCGCUGCGCGGCCAGCUCGGCACCCCACCCUCGCAAGUCGCCUCGCAGCCGCUGCCGUCGCAGGCGGCGGCCGCGCGGCUGCUGCGGGCGCGGCUCGUGGCCGCCGCGGCCGCGGCCAACGCGGCGGCCGGCGCGGAGGGCGCGGCGGUGGCGUCGCCGUUGCCGCUGCUGCUGCUGGGGUCGCAGGCAGGCGCGGGCUUGCAGGCUGCGGGGGUGGCUGCGCCGUUGUUGUCACAGUUCGAGGCCACGCCAGGCCCGAGCGCGGAUGUGGUGGCAGAUACACCCAUGGACGAACAGCCCCGCCCCCAGCAGCCGUGGCAGGCGCCACGAAGGCAGCAGGGCGGCAGCGGCAUGAGCGGCGGCCGCGGCGCGGGCAGCUGGCUGCUCUCGCCGCCCGAGACGGGCGGGGGCGAUGGCGAUCAACCGCUGGUGGACGUGGCAAUGCUGACUCAGCUGCAGGAGCAGCGGCGCGCGCGGCGGGAGAGCCGACUGUCGCAGCCCUCGCAGGGGCGUCCCUGGCGCCCAGCAUGGGUGCCGCCGCAGGCCGAGGCGGCGGCCGGGCACGACAUUGACGAGGGUGGCAGCAGCGACUGGGGGAGCGAGGACGACGGCGGCGGCGGCGGCGGCUCAUUGCGGCAGAGCUCGGAUGAGGAGAAUGAGGAGGAGGCAGACGACGGCAGCGGCAGCGGUGGCGGCGGCGGCGGCGGCGGCGGCGGCGGCGGCGCGGGGCGGACGCCGCGGCGCGCGCGGCGGCAGCAGCGGGGCGCGGACUCGCAGAUCCGCAGCCCGGCCAGCGCCGGCGGCGCUGGCGUAGUCAGGGCGGCGCGCCAUGAGGCUGCUCACAUUCCAGAUGAGGACGACCCUCUGUUGGCGCUGGCGGAGGCUAUAGGCGCCCCCUCCACUCAGCGCGCCCACGCCCUGCCAGAGCAGCAGCAGGGGCAGCCCCUUCUGCCGCAGGGCCGCGCCGCGUGGAGCCCUAGCAGCAGCCCUGCGCCGGCGAUGCGGCUGUUUGGCUCGCCGCUGAACGCUUAUUGCUGCGGCAGCGGGGGUGGCGUUGAUGACGGGGGCUACGGAGGGGUCAGGGCUGGAAACGGCUGGUGGGCUGAAGAACAGGCUGAACCCCUGGGCGACCUGAGUGGGGCCCCUGAGCGCGGGGACAACGACGGCGCCGACGAGCCUGAUCGGGGGCGGCGGCCGCGGGGCCGCAAGCGGCGUAGCCGCAGCCACGGCUCGAGCAGUGGCGGCGAGCGGGCGGCCAUCGCGCAGGAGGGGCAGGAGGACGAAGAGGACAGGGCCGGAAGAGUGCAGGGGGAGGGGCAGGGGCCCUGGCAGGCGUUGCAUGAUGGAGGUCAGGGGGUUGAGGAGCGUCGGCAGCAGUCGCGACAGCAGCCGCAGCAACAGUUGCAGCAGCAUGGCAAGGAAGAGGUGGUGGAGGACAGGGAAAGGCAGCAGCAGCAGCAGGCGGAAGCGGAUGAGGAUGAGGAGGCGGCAAUGGACUGGGCCUUGCAAUGCCUUGAGGCCUAUGAGCAGCGUGGAAAGCAGCAGCAGCAGCAGCAGCAGCAGCAGGGGCAGCAGCAGCAGGGGCAGCAGCAGCAGGGGCAGCAGCAGCAGGGGCAGCAGCAGCAGCAGCAGCAGGGCCAGCAGCAGCAGCAGCAGCAGCAGGGCCAGCAGCAGCAGCAGCAGCAGCAGGGGCAGCAGCAGCAGCAGCAGCAGGGGCAGCAGCAGCAGCAGCAGCAGCACGCAGAGGUACAGGAGUGCGGUGAGGACGAGUUGCAGAAGCCACAGCAACCUGAAGGUAUGGCUGUCGACGGCCCAGACGAGCCGCCGCGCUCAGACGACCGUUGGCACGCACACGCCCGGCCGCAGCUCGAGCCAGUGCCGCAUGUCGAGGAGCGCUCUGAGCGCGGCGGCGCUGAGGAGGCGGGGGCCGACGGCUGGGCCUCGCCGCAGCGGCAGCUGAGCGGGCGCCCGACACGAUCAGACCUCACAGAUGAUGUCAUGGAUGAGUUUGACGAGGCCGGCAGCGGCGGCGGCGACGAGCUCGGCGGUGGCGCCAGCGACGAUGACGGGGGCCCACAAGACGAGCGGACCGACGGCAGCGGGUGCAGCGAGGGUGAGGGCGACGACAGCGACGCCAUCAGCGGCGGGAGCGGGGCCGACGGCAGCGUGGAAGCUACCCAGCAGCUGCCAAGCACGCAGCCGCUCCUCGCUGUGUGCGGAACCCCGCAGAGCCGCGGCCGCGGCGCCGAUGCCGCCGCCGCCGGCGCCGCGGGCAGCGGCGGCGCUGCUGUCUCCCGCCAGGGGACUGCUGGCAGUGGACAGCGCCGCCGGCCGCCGGGGCGCGCGCCGAGCCCGGGCCCGCCCUCUGCGGGCAAGGUGCGGCUUGUGCUCACGCCCUCGCCUUCGAGCCGGCUGAAAGGGUUUGAUGUUCUCAGUCAAGACGCCGAGGCUGCCGCAGCGGGCGGCUCGCCACGCCUCCAGCAAGGGAGUGCUGCCCAUGACCUGGGUUUCGGCACCCCCGGCCUUGCAAGCACGCAGCUUGAGCAGGGGCAUGGGCAGCAGCAGCAGCAGCAGCAGCAGCAGCAGCAGCAGCAGCAGCAGCACCACAGCCCGCCUGUGGGCAGGUUCUCGGCGCGAGCGCAGCUGUUUGUGCAGCCGCGCCCCGCUUUGGGGACGCCGCAAGCGCCGGAGCCCACCUGGCGCGGGGGUUCGCGCGCCAUGGGGCAGGAGGUGCCGCCAGUUGUGUCUGCUAGGGACAUGCUCACGCAGUCACAGCAGGAGGCCAGCCCGUCGCAGCAGCCCAGCCAGCAGGCGCAGCUGCCACCGCAGCAGCGGCAGGAGGAGCAGCAGCAGCAGCAGCAGCAGCAGCAGCAGCAGCAGCAGCAGCAGCAGCAGCGGCAUCAGCGGCCGCAAGCGCGGAUACCCCAAUCCGACGGCCCCGCGGACGACGAGGGGUGGCAGGCGGAAGCCGCGGCGGACGAUUCGGCUCCACAGAUGCCGCCAGCCCGUCCCGCACCACCUCGCAUCGAGCCCGCGCCCCUGCGCGCCCCACAGCUCCAAUCAUUGGCCCAGCCGCGUGUGGUUUCCGGCCUCUUCAGGCCGCCGGCGCGUACCACCGCCCCCGGGCCUGCGGGCGGCGGCAUGCCCCGCGCCCUCCGCGGCGGCAGCAGCGGCGGCGGGGGCGCGGGGGCCGGCGUAUUUGGAGGCGGCGCGCUGGGGAGCCCUCUGUGGGACAUCUUAUUGGAGGAGGACCUCCAGACCGAUGAAGACAUGAUGCUCUUGGACGCGCCCGACGGCGGCGAUCCGGGAGGCGGCGUUUUGGGGGCGGCGGCGGCCGAUCUGGGACCCGAGAGUGAUCUGGAGGACGGCGGACGCGGCGACGGAAGGGGCCCGCGCGGCGCGAGCGCCGCUGGACCAGGGUUAAGGGCGCCCGCGGACGAGGAGUUUGAGUUUGGCGCAGCGGCGCGGCCGGCGUCGCAGCAGGGAUCCGGCCCGCCGAGCCCGCGGCUCCUCUCUGGGCCCCGUUCAGCGUCUGAGGCGGCCGUUGCCGCGGUUGCGGCAGGGGCCGAGGCGUGCGGCGACGUACUCCUGGAGUGCCCUAGGCUGCUUGAGGAGCUAGGGGCCGCUGGCGGUGUCGCGACAGCUCCAAAGCAGCAGCAGCAGCAGCAGCAGCAGCAGCAGCAGCAGCAGCAGCAGCAGCAGCAGCAGCAGCAGCAGCAGAAGCAGCAGCAACAGCAGACGCCACAGCGGGUGUCUCAGCAGGGUGAUUGCACCCCGUCCGCCAGCCACGAUGGCGAGGUGUCCAUUGACCCGACCCAGGUUCUUGAUUUUGCUGAGGAUCCUGGGCCAUGGGCAGAGCAGCCGCCUCCGCAACCAACCCCCCUGCGACAAGCAGCACCGACGCCCGAGCGGCGUGCGCUGCGCGGGGUGGGGCAGCAGCAGGCAGGGGGCCCGUACGUGGCAGAGCAGCAGCAGCAGCAGCAGCAGCAGCAGCAGCAACAGCGCCGGGAGCACAUGGGUGAACCCACCACAGAUGGUGCGUCCACAAUCACAAGCGAGCCGAGCCUCAACUUGCGCCUCUCAGCGCACAGCGGCAGCCAGGGCGCGGCCAGCGGCGUGAGGGGAGCUCCGGUGAGCAGCGCACAGAGCCCUCGAGGCAGCGGCGUCCUGAGUUUGCCGCCCUCUGGGCCGCUCUCGAGCGAGCAGCAUGAGCAAGAGCAGCAGCAGCCGGCGCCGGUGCCGGCGCCCUGGCAGCCGCAGCAGCAGCAGCAGCAGCAGCAGCAGCAGCAGCAGCAGCAGCAGCAGCAGCAGCAGCAGCAGCAACAGCAGCACUUGGAGAUACAGCGCAGCCAGACCACAUCGAUGGGGCCGCCGCAGCGCCUCACAGCCCCAAGCAGGGGCGGCGUCACCAGCCCUGGCGGUGGCGCCGGCGGGCAUGGCGGCGGCGCCUCCACUUCCUCGCUGCAGCUCGAACAGCGCUCGCCGCCCUCCACCCAACCUGCCAGCGCGAACGCCGCUGCCGCCGCCAUCCUGCAGCAGCAGCAGCAGCAGCAGCAGCCGCGGCGGGGGACGCAGGGGCUCGUGCUGCUGCGGCCGCGGGCGCGCCCGCCGCCGCCGGGCGAGGCGGUCGCCGACAUGGGGCGGAUGGGGCUGUUUGAGGUCGUUCACCGUGAGCCGUUUUUCGGGGACGCGGCAGACAAGCCGGCGCGGCCUACGGUGCUGGCGGGGCGGGAGUUCAGGCCUAUCAUCGUGCGAUUGCCAUAA